AUGCCGACCAUACGCAGAGUUCGACCAUCAGAUCUUUUCCAGCUAAAUCUCUGCAAUCUUGACCCCUACACGGAGAACUAUGACUUGGGAUUUUAUCUUCAAUACCUCAUGAGAUGGCCUUCAUUGUUUCAGUGCAUUGAAGAGCAGGGUCAGAUCGUCGGUUAUAUCAUUGGCAAGGUCGAGGAAACUCCCAAACACCUGCAGGCAUCACCACACUACUUACCGUGGCAUGGCCAUGUUACAGCCCUGUCCAUAGCGCCACAGUAUCGACGGCUGGGAUAUGGCAAGCUCCUGACUGAGUCGCUGGAGACGGCAUGCAAUCAACAAGAUGCCUGGUUUGUCGAUCUCUUUGUUCGGAAGAGCAACCAAAACGCCAUCAAGAUGUAUGAAAGCAUGGGGUACUCUACCUUUCGAACCGUGGUCAAGUACUACUCGGACGAUCCCACCGGAGUGUCGAAAGACGGGGAGGAUGCACUGGAUAUGAGGAAGUCGCUUGACCGAGACGUGAGCAGAAGCCAUGUCCGGGAGAAUGGAGAGACUUUCCAAGUCGAUCCGGAUGAUGUAUUUUGA